AUGGCUUCACGUUAUGCGCAUGGAAGUUGGCGCUGCAUCUCAAUGCGUGAGUUGGAAGAGCAUAUGGAAUAUUUCUCUGAACCGCCGUUUUUAUCGUGGCAAGUCUUUACUGUGCGAUGCCCAGCGCAGGUGAAGCAAAUGCAGCUGGUACUGGAGCAUUACCUACUGCGUGCUAUUGUUUCAUUGAUGAUCAUUCUAAGCAUUAUGGUUAUGGAUAUUGUGUCCAUCCUGAUGGUUAUGACCUCUCUCUUUGGUUUAGUGUUACCGUCCGAAACCUAUGUGAUACUGCUUCUGUUCUGCUACUUGGCAAUCGCAGCGGGGAUCGUUCUUGAAUUUGUGGCCGCCCUAGACAAUCGCUUGCAGCAGCCAUUUUUUAUGUUUUAUGUGGGGACAGGCGUGCCUGCCUUUGUAGCGCAUCUCGCUCAGUGCUGCAUUAACUCGUUACUCGUACUAUCCGUAUCCAUGUUUCGUUUGAAUUCCGUACAAAGGUAA